AAUCCCUUUUGAGCUUUUGCCUCUUUACUUGCAAAUGGACGAAAAUCCAAGCAUCCGUUUCUUGCUUGUCCUCUGCAAUUAUCACAAGAAUCUUCAUCUCCUCCUGCCCAUUUCUGCUCUGCACUGUCCUCCUCUUCCUCAGUAGUGGGUUCCUCUUGAUUUCUUUUUCGAUUUUCAAGUCUGGGCUUCUCCUAUUUCCUCGAAAGAUCUCAUCUUUUUGUUCAUUCACAGGAAAGAAACAUAUGAUGCAGUGUAGAAGCGAUAAUGGAGGACACUACGACCCAAGAUAUCUUAAUGCGGGCAUUAUUGGCCUUCCAGGCCCAAUAACACAGGGUGAUAUCACACAGAGCGGCGGGCUUAGGUUUAAUCUGUGGUUUCCUCCAUCUAAUAUGGACUACUACAAUGUAGGUUAUCAGAAGGAAAUAUAUAGACAGAUGAUGCUAAAGCACGAAGCAACAUUCAAAUACCAGGUCUAUGAGCUACAUCGUGUGUAUGGAAGACAAAAGGAGUUGAUGGAGGAGAUUAGAAAGAGAGAAAUGUUGAAUCAAAAUUUAAAAGCAUAUCCCUUUUCUGGAAUAAGGUCCGACUACUUCUUGCCUUCUGGUGGUAAUCACACCACCCAAACUAAGCCAUAUGCACCAAGUGCUCAUUUGUUCCAAGAACCUUACUUUCCACAAUCACAUCCCGGCCAUUAUCCGGCAAAAGAUGUUACUAUAAGAGAACACGAACUGUCAGCAUCUCACAUCAACACGCCCCGGAAGAGAAAGCUGGAUCUUGAACUUCCUGCUUAUGAGUACAUUGAUAGUGAUGAUGAAAAUGCCUUUCAGGAACCUCAGAUGCCCAAACCAGAACAGCCAUUUGAUUCAAAAAUUGAAUCUUUCUCCUCUGGAAAUGCCAAAGUCUUGUUUGACUUGAAUUCACCUGCGCAAGCAGAUGAAUCAGGCGCUGGGCAAGAUCCUCCUGCAAGCUUUACAGUUUCAGAUAGAAGAAAUCUACCAAAAGUUGUUGACUUGAAUAUGCUUCCUGCGGACUUUUCAUCAAAUGAAGAAUGUUCGGGCCAUACCCAUAUUUGUAAUGAAAAGUCCAUGAUCAACUUGAAUUCCUGCUUAGACGAAGAGCGUAUAUUACUCUUACCACCCCCUCCUGAUCAAAGUGACACAAAUGAUCCUGCAAGACAAAGUGGUUUAGAAGCACCUGUUAGCCCGGAAAAUAAAGAGUGCUCUCCACCCAGAGGAGAUUCUGAGGAUAACCAACUUGAAGCUGGGAUCCAGGAAGAAGAAGAACAAGAAGACAGGGUCGCAGCUGAUACACUAUUUGUUCUUGCAUCAUCCGGAAACCAAAGGUGCUCAACGACGACAGUCACUGAGCAAAACGAAACCUUCAAUGAAAGCCUUGUUUGGUUUGCAGGAAUUGCAACUUCGACUCGAAGUGGUGGCGGGAGAGGGAGUAGGAAUAGGAGCUCCAAGGCAUUGGAGAGGACAGUGUGCUUGGCUGUUUGGGGGAAGACAAAAAAGCGCAAAAUCGCCCGAGUUGCUCGAUCUGUUGUUUAUUCUCAUCUUUAGCUCAAUUCUUUCGAAAAUAGCUGAAUUUCCCAACAAAUUAUAUUCCCUAUCUCAUUAUCCUUAAUUAUUGUGAUUGGAUGAACGAUCAAAGGAGGUGGGGAAAUUGUGAAAAGCCAAGUUAGUGUGAAGAAAAAUGUUAUGAUGUG